AGAACAUUUAUUUGCCUCGCUUGACUGUUACUGCUGUCUCGCUAGCUAGCUAGUAGCUGUUGCACUCUCGUUCACUUGACUUUAAAUUCGAUCACUACUAGCUAGUAUACUUACUUGACUAUCAUGAACGGCAACAAUCUCGAGGCAGCUUCCUCUUCAGGAGUAGGUGAUUCCUCGAACAAGAACAACAACAACAACAACAAUAGCAGAGGCGGUCGAAAGUCUCGCAAGACCCAAAAACGUCAGGAUUACAAGGCGGAAAAGCGAAGUGGAGGCUUUACGGUUCCCGAGACACGGCUGCUCCAACAGUACCUGGAAGAGUACCGUCAAGGAGCCCUGGAGGCGUACAAACAAGAACAACAGCAGCAAGGAGACAACAACAAGAAAAAGAUUUCUUGCCAUGAAAACCUCCAAGAAAUUUCGAUUGCUGGAAUUUCCUUUCCAUCGCUUUCCCACUCUAUUCUAUCCAGUUCUUACCUGAAACUUCCCAGUGCACUCUCGGCCCAACAACGAAGAACCAUUCACAAUGCGUGUGCCGACAUGGGACUCUACCACUGCGCCAUUGGGACGGGGUCGACUCGCUGUUUGGUCAUUUCCAUUUAUUGCGACGUCUUUUCCUCCCUUCCAGGAUUUGCCUGGCCUUCUGCCGUCUACCAACAACACAACUAUCGACCCUGGAUUUGCACUUCUACUACUAGCGUUCAUGCACACACGCGACGCAUGAAGGAACAAAUCCAACAACUCAUUGAUCAACCCUCCACGUGUUUGCGCGACACGGACGAUUAUGAUUUCAAGUUGGAUCCCCACCAGAAUCUCGCAUCGGUACCACCUCCUCACUCGACCGAUGCCAAUUGGCAACUCGUCGAUACUCCCGACGCCAUGUUACAGUGUGCCCAAGAAUUGACGCAUGCCACGGAAAUUGCCUUUGAUGUCGAAGCCUUUAAUCCCAAUCAAUAUACGCAACGAACGUGUCUCCUCCAACUCACGUCUACUUUUGGAACACAAUACAUUAUCGAUCCAUUGGCACCGGGUGUCUGGGAUACAGUGGGACCAAGUUUGGCACCUCUGUUUGCCAAUCCACACAUUGUCAAGAUUGGACAUGCCAUGGGAGGACUCGAUGUCCGUUGUCUCUACCGCGAUUUUGGAAUUGCCAUUGUCAAUGCCUUUGAUACCUACGAAGCCGCUCGUGUCCUCCAGUUACCGUCGCAUGGAUUGGCGGCGGUUUGUCAAUACUACGGAUUGACCACUUACGAACAAUACACGCAAUUAAAAGACAUGCACCAGACCAUGGAUUGGAGACAACGACCCCUCUCCGAAUCCAUGAUUCUCUAUGGGCGAUACGAUGUGCACUAUCUGUUGCAGUUGCGACAACUCAUGAUACGAGAUUUGGUUCUGGCAGAUCGCCUGUAUGCCAACUCCUAUGUCGGUGCCAUGCAACACAUACAGGAUAUGGAAGAUCAAAUGUGCUCUGAGGAGUGGGCGCAGUACAAUGAUGAGUAUGAUGAUACUAAUGCUGUCAAUCAUACUGCUGCUACUACUAUUGACUCGUCCUCCACAAACAACAACAAUAAUCAUCAUCAUCUUGCGUUGAACGACGAGGAUGACACAAUCGACAAUGGAGACAGUCCUGAUGACGCAAAAGAAUCAGACAACGUUGCCGGGGACGAUCAUCACAUGCCCAAUCAUCAAAAUAAUGGAGACUCCAACGGCAACAACGCUGCCAUUGUGACGGUCGAGGAACUACGAAUGCAACCCAGCCUCAUGACGGUCCUCACCGAAAGCCAAUAUCGGUGUCGCGGCAUGGCCAAGCAUACCUUUGAAUUCCACGUCAAAAACUCCUUGUUCGUGUCCCUGCUGUGGGGAGGAAAGAAAACCAAAAAGAAGAAACAGCAACGACAACAACUCUCCAGUCCACUUGGACCUCUGACCAACUCCCAGAUUAUCCUCUAUGACAACUUGGUCCGUCUACGGUUGCGAGUGGCAGAUCAAUGCGAAUGUCUUGCUGGGUUUAUCUGUUCGUUGGAAGAACUGGCAUUGAUUGCUGCCGGACGUCCCACGUGCAUUGCGGCACUUCGCGUCAUUGAUUACUUUUUGCCCGAACGAUUGGGUGCCACUACCACGCGACAAGUGUUGCGACUGACACGACAAUCCCUCGAACGAGAACAAGACAAUGUUCGAGCAAAGAGUGUGUUUGACAACCAUGCCAUUCCCAGAAACAAGCCUUUAACGACGAAACGAAAAUUACUAGUGGGAUCUGUGGUGGUGGGCAGUAUAGGCGUUGUCGUGUCCAUGGUGCUGGCACGCAGGAAGCAGCGAUAACAAAGCCCGUAUUGCUUGGAUGCACCGUUUUAUUAAGGAACUGAACGUGCACCGUAUGUAGCCACCGGUAGCAAGUCCUGGCUAACCAACCUUCAUAAGAAUGUAAGAAUGGCGCUUGCUUCCGAAGACAGCUAGCUAGAACAUUCCGCACUCUUGCAAGUUCCAACGGCACGAAAAGAUAGUACUGGUACCGGCGUCUAUAAGGUUUACUUGUCUCUGGCAAGAAACCUCAGUCCUCGUGCAUAAUUUCAGUACUCUCUCGCCGCAGAGCAAAUAUUCCGGCUUCUGUUGCUACAGCCUUCAAUUGGGCUCCGUUGAAAUCCUCGCAUGAUCGAGCAAGUUCUUCAAA